CGGCUCAGGUGAGCGCGCGGUCCCCGCCGGCGCGCUGUUCCCUUCCCCCGGGCGGCUGCCCGGGCUGCCCGUUGUCUUGGCGACGGCUCCUGGCUUUGACCUCUGAGUUGCAGGAGGGGUUAUUUCGGGCGUCCGCUCCGGCCCCGGCCUGGCCUGACGGCUCCCACUCUUCCCGGGGUUUGCGGAGCGAGCCUGGGCGCCCAGCUGGCCCUCUGCGGCCGGGGCUUCUCGGCCUCGGGCACGUGGAUGUCAUGUGGCCUGUGUUUUGGACCGUGGUGCGUACUUAUGCUCCCUAUGUCACAUUUCCUGUGGCCUUCGUGGUCGGGGCUGUGGGCUACCACCUGGAAUGGUUCAUCAGGGGAAAGGAUCCCCAGCCUGUGGAGGAGGAAAAGAGCAUCUCAGAGCGUCGGGAGGACCGAAAGUUGGAUGAGCUGCUAGGCAAGGACCACACCCAGGUGGUGAGCCUUAAGGACAAACUGGAAUUUGCCCCUAAAGCUGUCCUGAACAGAAACCGCCCGGAGAAGAAUUAAUAGAGAACAUAGGGCCUCAUGGGCCCUUCCGUAGGCUGUGACUGGUCCUGCCACCAUGUUGACCCCGCUCCAGAACCUAUAUCUGAUUUGCACUGUUGCUUAUUCUGGCCCCUCCAGCACCACCCAGCCACGCACAUACUGGGUGCUCUUCUGUGGUCAGGCAGACAGACACACUAGCAGCUGAGGGGCCAGUCGAAGAGGAAGGCCUGGAGGGUUCUGGCCUGCAGGCUGUAUCUGUUGUAUGGUGGCCACAACUGCCCACGCUUCUGGGCGCACUGCUGGAAGUAGGGAUACGAAAUGAACAUUGGCUGUCAACCUCUGCAGGGAGGCAGUUUGACCUUAAGCCGAAGUGCAUGGGAUUGGGGUGUUGCCAUAAGAGAGAUACCACAUGUCUGGUUCCCGUUUGCAUGGGAAGAAUUCAGAAACCUACCUGGCUCCUUCCCUCGUUUGCCCAGCCCUUUGUGCUCACUCUUCCUGAAAUCCUGUCCUACCAGCUCAGGAAAGCGGGGAUUCUCUGGGGAAGGAGAACAUUUUUCUGUUCUUCGCAGUCCAGGCUGUUCACCUCGGGGCAGGUGAAUUUGCUUGAAAAUUAUCACCAUCUUUCACCGCCCCCUCCCCAUCACUGUAUAGUGCAAAACUUGAUUAAAGUGGCAUCUGAGAACCAUAUUGAUUUAA